AAGGAACUGUCCGAAGAAGAUGCCGAACAGACUAUGGAGCGUAAUGGGGAUCACAAGAGCGUAUCGCAACCCAAGCAUUCAGUAGUGAUUCGAGUGGAUUUAUGUGAUGCGGAAUUGUCACAAAUGAUUUGUAAAACGCUAUCGGUUGAUAAAGAACCAGCGAGGAGUACGGCAACUCGAUUGCUGUCCACUGAAGACAACUUUCUUGUGGCACAAAUCUCGAGUACUGAUCGAAAAUAUUUGCAAAAGUCAGUGGAUAAUUUUUUUGAUAUGUGUGAUUUGGCGAAACAAACUUAUGAUGUGAUUGGCAGAUAUCAACUGAAUAACAAGGACGAAGCAGUCAGUAAAAAGCGCAUGAAAACAACCGUUAAAAAUUAG